CCUUCUUUUCUGUCGAAGUCAAGUUUCUGUGGUGAGACACUGAACGUACUCAACUUCCUCUUUCAACAACAAAUUUGUCAGUUAUCAGCAGGAUCCUUGCCACCCAGAGUUAGGCGUUUUUACCCCUAGCUCCCUGCAAAAGAACAAGAGUGCUAAUCCUGGCUGAAUUCCAAGCUCUAAGUGCAAUAAACAUUCCCAUGAUAUGGAUAUAAGGUUACAUAAGGAAGGAUAUCCCAGUUCAGCUUCUGAAUGAAUCCAUAUGCUACAGAAGUUUUUCAGGUAUCAUAACGCCGUGGUUUACCUUGAUGAAUAUACUGAAAUAUUCAAGAUGAAUAGCAACAGCACCAGCAAUGCUGAAACUGGCUGCAUUUCCCUUAAUGUGACAUUUCAGUACUCGCUCUAUGCAACCACCUAUAUCCUCAUAUUCAUCCCCGGUCUUCUGGCUAACAGUGUGGCCUUGUGGGUUCUAUGCCGCUUCAUCAGCAAGAAAAAUAAAGCCAUCAUUUUCAUGAUCAAUCUCUCUGUGGCUGACCUUGCUCAUGUGCUGUCCUUACCCCUCCGGAUUUACUAUUACAUCAGCCACCACUGGCCUUUCCAGAGAGCCCUUUGCCUGCUGUGCUUCUACCUGAAAUAUCUCAACAUGUAUGCCAGCAUUUGCUUCCUGACGUGCAUCAGCCUUCAGAGGUGCUUCUUUCUCCUCAAGCCCUUCAAGGCCAGAGACUGGAAGCGUAGGUAUGAUGUGGGCAUCAGUGCUGCUAUAUGGAUUGUUGUGGGUACUGCUUGUUUGCCAUUUCCUAUCCUGAGAAAUUCAGGCUUGGCCAACAAAACCGAGUCCUGCUUUGCUGAUCUGGGUUACAAGCAAAUGAAUGCAGUGGCUUUGGUCGGGAUGAUUACAGUUGCUGAGCUGACAGGAUUUGUGAUCCCAGUGGUCAUCAUCGCAUGGUGUACCUGGAAAACAACUACAUCCCUGAGACAGCCACCAAAGGCUUUCCAAGGAGUCAGUGAGAGGCAGAAAGCACUGCGGAUGGUUUUCAUGUGUGCUGCAGUCUUCUUCAUCUGCUUCACUCCGUAUCAUAUUAACUUUAUUUUUUACACCAUGGUAAAGGAAAGCAUCAUUAGCAGUUGUCUCAUUGUCCGAAGCACACUGUAUUUCCAUCCUUUUAGUCUGUGUCUUGCAAGUCUCUGCUGCCUCUUGGAUCCUAUUCUCUAUUACUUCAUGGCCUCAGAGUUUCGUGAUCAACUAUCCCGCCAUAGCAGCUCUGUGACCCGUUCCCGCCUCAUGAGCAGGGAGAGUGGUUCAUCAAUGAUUAGCUAAAAAUAAAGUAAUUCCUCAGUUAUGACUUUGUUUACCCACAUUCCUUGACUUGUUCCAAAGGACAGAAUGACUAGUCAGACAACUUCUUUAAUUGAACUUUGGGAAAUAACAGAAAUAGGUGUUUUCUUGUGUGAUAGUUGUGGUCACAAGGGUGUGAUCGUGAAAACAGAGUGUGGAAAAUGUGAGACAGGAAGGGAAUAUGGGAUUUGCUUGUUUCCUCUUUCGAAAUUCAAGGCAUUUUAUUAUUUAAGAGACCGUGAUCAAAUUUUUACAAAUGUUUCCAAUUAAAUAGAGAUGGGAUAUUUUAUUUUGAGCAUUUUUCAGUAAAUGUUGUUGUUAAUAAAAUACAAUAAAUACAUGAAUCUUUUCCAACAUGUAAAAGUAAGUAAAUCUCUCUUUUAUAUGAAGACAUUUCUGAAUGAGAGUAAAAAUCUAUAGUAUUUCUAAGAGAUAAAUGCACCAGCAGGGAGGAGUAAAGCGUUGAGGCAAAUGUGUGCAUGAAGUUCAAGACCUCAAACCUGUUACUGAAGAAAGGGUAUGAGAAUUUAUUCAUUCAUUUAAAACGCAUUGGAUGUCUAAUGUGUUCUGAGUUACCACGGUUUUAGGUAAUUUCUCAUAUAGCAUCUCAUUUGGCCCCCCUAAUAAACUUGUGGAGGUUUCCAUUAUAAAUGAAUAAGUGAAACCUCAGAAAGUUUAAGCAACUUGACUUGGAAUAAACAAUGGUGAGCCAAAAUUUGUCCAGUAUACACUGAAUCUGCUUAAAUUGUUUCCUCUUUUUGUGUUGUUACAUUUACUAGAUCAAUUCUAAACUUUACUUGAAUGGUGAAGACACAUAUUAAAGCUAGGUCACAUAAAACCAAGACCAUUUCAGCACAAUUUGCCUGGGAUUAUCUGAAAAGGCUGUGGGCUAUUAUCGUGUCAGGCUCAAUUUUCAAGGUAUUACAUGAUAAUUAGUUGGGAUGUCCUAGUACAGACUCAAUCUAUAGAGUGCUGAUGAUAUGGGUUAUAACAGCCUGAAAUAGCUUAUUAUUUCUUACAAAGUAUAAUUUAAGGCUUAAUGCAUGAUAUACAAGCCCUAUAAAUGGAUGAAAAAAAAGAAAAUUGGAAAGCUGAGAGAUGAACAUUUUGUAAAAUUUAGAUUUUUUUUGGGGGGGGGAAGCUAGCCAUACUCUUUAAGGUUUACUAUAUCUGUGCUUAUUAAAAAAUCCUUCUGGAAAUUUUAUUAUCAUCAUUUUUUACAAAGAUUAUGGCCAUUGUUUCAGAGCCAUAAGGAGAAUUUGAAUAUAAGUGAUCCUCAGCUUCUGAGGUUGGCAUUUAUGAAGCUCAGUCCAUUACUCUUCAUCUUUUAUGCCUGCAAUUUAAAGAGCAUAGAUACUGGUGUGCAGUAAGGAGAAAGGAAGUAGUGGUACUCAGAAUACCCAUUUGAGUAGACUGGCUAUGGACUAGGAAGAGAGACAAAUGAAAAAAGAAGGAGAAAAAAAAUAAGAAGAUUUCUGGUAAGGGAAAAGGUUCCGUAACUAUAAAAUAACAAAACUGGUUUUCUUGUGCUUUCUUUAUUAACCUGGAUCUGAAGGAAAUGUCUAAAAAAGGUUUUCAGACGUGCUUGGAAUUAAUGGCAGCAUUGACAGAAUGACUGUGUAGACAAUCCCACCCUAAGGAGAUGACUUUGAAAGAGACCAGUUUGGAACUACGUAUCCUGCUGCUAUGUUUGUGGAGAAAAGUAGCCUCAGUUCUCGAUAGUCACACUCAUACGCCCUUUUUUCAAGGGAUUGGCAAGAAGUAGGGCAUCAAGCACAUGAUUUGUGGAUUAACUGGCAAAUUAAAUUAUGUGCCUUUCACUUUGAAGGAGUCCUGGUGGUGCAGCGGUUAAAGUACUCGGCUGUUAACCAAAAGGUCAGGGGUUGGAACCCACCAGACACUCUGUGGAAGAACGAUGUGGCAGUCUCCUUCCAUAAAUAUUUACAGCCUUGGAAACCCUAUGGGGCAGUUCUACGCUGUACUAUAGGGUCGCUGUGAGUUGGAAUCCACUCAACAGCAGUGGGGCUUGGCUUUAGGCAUUCACUUUGGCCAUCAAUAAACCAGAAUCUUUGGGUUUUUUUUCUUACAUCUGUUAAAAAUAAAAUUUCCACAAGAUUAAAUUCGUGUACAAACUCAUAAACUUUAUUUGCAGUUCAUGAGUUGGGGUAGGGGGUUCUGGUCUGGAAGUCAGACUAGAUCUCUGAAGAGUGGUACAAAGUGGAAGGGUUUUGCAGGCACAGACAGUAUAGGAAGUUAUAGUGGGCAAAUUUCAGAUUGGCUAUUGGGCAUUUUCUUUCUUUAUUUGGGAUUAAGUGUUAAUUUUGAACUAGGUUAAACUGAACAGGCGAGUCCUGAUUGGUUAGCUUGGGUUUCCUUUUCUGGGAGAGUCGAUUGACUUGGGUAUUGGCUUUUGGGAAGGUUAGGCAUUAUAAGCUAAGUUUUGGUUUGCUGAUGUGACUCCAUCUCUUGGGCCUGAAAUAGUCAGGUUAACGAUUGUAAAUCCCUAAUAUGGUGAGAAAGAAAAGGAUAAAAACAUUCAAGCAAGAAAUGGGUUAGUUCUUGAAUUUUAAAGGCUGGACUGCCUUACUUAAUGCCGGGGAGGGGGGCGGGGCAGAAAUGAUAAUACUUGGACUGAUGAGAUUGCAGCCCAAGAAAUGAGUGAAACUGCUUUAAAGUAUGACAAUGAACAAAAAUUUGAACAGUCAUCCCUAUGCUUACUACAGGAACGUAAUGUGAAACAAAGAGGACAGAAAACCAUAUAUCCUUGAAUCAGUUUUUCAAAAAGUCACUAAAAAACCCUCAAGUUGCCCCCAAAUCUUUCAAAGACACCUGUCAAAAUCCAUCUAGAAAACUUUCAGAAUCCCACAGCUCUGAUGAAAGACUUUUUCACCUUCUAGUGGUUUUGGUAAAAAUGGGAAGGAAUUUUGCGGAAUAUAAUAACUUUAUACAUAAUUUAUAUGACAAAGGCAGUUUAUGUGCGAUUGGAUAUGCUGUUUACCUUUAAAAAGCUUUAUAUACUAGCGCAGAAUAUAGGUAUAGCAUUUAUCAUUGAUUUAAUAGAUUAUUCUUAUGGAGUAUGUAAUCAUUUCUAUAAAAAUAUUGAGCAUCAGACUUGUUUAAAAAUAAAACCCUUUAUUGUAAAAUUGCUUCUAUGAGAAAAUCAGUGUCUCCUGUUAAAAUUAAACAACCCCCAGAAGCCUAGACAACACUCUAAGACUUCUGGGUGUCUUAUCAUUAACUGUAUCUCUGCAAACAGACCUCAUUAAUCCCUCAGGAAUGUCCCUUCUUGUUUCCCCAAGGACCUUGCUCACACUGAAGUAAUAGUAGAUGUUUAACUUAAAUGUUUCUUUUUUCUAAGACCCGUAUCUCUAGGAUUUUAUGUUUUCUAUGUGAUUUGUUCUUCUACAUUACUGUAUAACCUUCAAAGAACCAACUGUGUAUUCUUUCUUUUAUCAUAAAAUUGUAAAAGGCAUAUAAACAAAAAACCACUUUGCAAUAGUCCCAACACUUUCUCUAAAACUGACUACCUGUUUGCAAAUGUCUCUUUCUCUCUCACUCUUAAUAAAUAGUUGAUCUCUUUAAUUGUCAAAGUCUUAUUCCUUUUUAAUACUCUUUAUAUCUUUUUGUAUAUUUUCCAGGAAUAUAA